AACCAUUCGCUCGACGCUGCGUUCUUUCCUCCCUCUCAUGGCUCGGCAACAUUCUUCUUCUUUCUCCACCACUCGCUUGCCAGAGAGAGGCGCUUCUUGUUUAUCACUCUAACCCUGAAGUGAGCAAUCGGGACGACUCCCGCCCCAUGCGAGUUCCGGCCGGUGGAGUGAACGCCGGCGAGAAGUGAGCCCACCGGGAGGAGGACAAAGCAGAAAGUUAUAAUUUCAGAAUGGGGAAUAAGAUCGCGCGCACGACGCAGGUCUCCGCUUCCGAGUACUACCUCCACGAUUUACCUUCUUCCUAUAAUUUGGUUCUCAAGGAAGUCCUUGGCCGAGGCCGCUUCUUCAAGACCGUGCUCUGCAAGCACGACGAAGGCUUGGUCCUCGUCAAGGUCUAUUUCAAGCGCGGCGACUCUAUCGAUCUGAGGGAGUACGAGCGCCGCCUCGCCUUCAUCAAGGAAACCUUCCGCUCCCUCGAUCAUCCUCACGUCUGGCCUUUCCAGUUUUGGCAAGAAACGGACAAGGCAGCUUAUCUUCUAAGACAAUGUUUCUUCAACAAUCUGCAUGAUCGACUCAGUACUCGGCCAUUCCUCAGUCUUGUGGAGAAAAAAUGGUUGGCAUUUCAGUUACUUCUGGCUGUAAAACAGUGCCAUGAAAAGGGUAUAUGUCAUGGUGAUAUCAAAUGUGAGAAUGUGUUGGUGACUUCAUGGAAUUGGCUGUACCUUGCUGAUUUUGCAUCUUUCAAGCCAACUUACAUUCCGUAUGACGACCCAUCUGAUUUCUCGUUCUUUUUUGAUACGGGUGGACGAAGGCUCUGCUAUCUUGCACCCGAGAGGUUCUAUGAGCAUGGAGGUGAGAUGCAAGUUGCUCAAGAUGCACAAUUAAGGCCUUCCAUGGACAUAUUUGCAGUAGGAUUCAUGAUAGGUUGGUUAGAGGCGAGGUGCGAACAAUGCAAGUGUAUGAUAGUUUAGCCUUUGUUGUGGAGAAAAGAGAACAGAACGAAAGAAAAUAUUGCAGAGAAAGGUGUGUAAUUGCAGAGCUUUUCCUCGAAGGCCAGCAAUUAUUUGAACUCUCUCAGCUUCUGGCUUACCGCAGAGGACAAUAUGAUCCUAGCCAACAUCUUGAAAAGAUCCCAGAUGCUGGAAUCCGCAAGAUGGUACUUCAUAUGAUUCAGUUGGAACCUGAGUCCCGCCUUUGUGCUGAAAGCUACUUGCAAAAUUAUGCAGCUGUUGUAUUUCCGAGUUACUUCUCUCCAUUCUUGCAUAAUUUCUACUGCUGUUGGAAUCCGCUUCAUUCUGAUAUGAGAGUUGCAAUGUGCCAGAGUGUCUUCAAUGAAAUACUUAAGCAAAUGAUGGGCCCCAGGAUAAGUGAGGCGAUGCAGAGUGGGCUUAGCAUGCCUGCAAAUGGCAUGAGCUCUAAAUCUAUGGAAGAGAUGAUAGAACAAAAUGUGGGACUCGUAAGGCCGUCAACAGGUGGGGAAAAGGCAGAGAAGGGUUCAGUUCAGGACAACUACAAACUUCUUGGUGAUAUCAGUAACCUGCUUGGGGAUGUAGACCAAAAUAAUGAUUGUAGCAUAAAGGUAAAUACUACUGGUGAAACGAACUCUGGUUUCUCCCAGGGUCUCGAGCAAUGUGGUCUACAAUCCCCCGGUGAGCUUCUACAGGCUAUUUCGAAUGCAUUUAGGAAAAAUGACCACCCGUUUCUUAAGAAAAUCACAGUUGAUGAUAUGAAUUCGUUGAUGUCGGAGUAUGACAGUCAAUCAGAUACCUUUGGGAUGCCCUUUUCACCUCUACCUGAAGAGAGUAUGAGAUGUGAAGGCAUGGUUCUGAUAGCUUCCCUUCUUUGUUCCUGCAUACGCAAUGUCAAGUUACCCCAUUUGAGAAGGGGUGCCAUACUUCUACUGAAGUCAUCAUCAUUGUAUAUUGACGAUGAAGAUCGAUUGCAGCGUGUUCUACCAUAUGUAAUUGCUAUGCUUUCAGAUCCAGCAGCAAUUGUCCGUUGUGCUGCUUUAGAGACUUUGUGUGACAUCCUACCUUUAGUUCGAGAAUUUCCUCCUAGUGAUGCCAAGAUCUUUCCUGAAUAUAUUCUUCCAAUGCUUUCCAUGCUUCCUGAUGAUCCUGAAGAAAGUGUUAGAAUAUGUUAUGCUAGCAAUAUAGCAAAGCUUGCACUCACUGCUUAUGGGUUCCUGAUUCAUUCAAUAAGCCUGAGUGAAGCUGGUGUUCUUGAUAAGAUGAGCCUGCCUCAAAAGUCAUUGGCAUCAAAUAGUGAGGUUGUUGGGAGGCUUCAGACUGCAAAUAAUGAUGCAGAGCUUGCCCAACUGCGGAGAUCUAUUGCUGAGGUUGUUCAAGAACUUGUAAUGGGACCAAAGCAAACUCCUAAUAUCAGGAGAUCACUACUUCAGGACAUUGGUUACUUAUGCUGCUUUUUUGGCCAAAGACAGAGUAAUGACUUUCUGUUGCCAAUCCUUCCUGCCUUUCUCAAUGAUCGGGACGAGCAACUUAGGGCACUUUUCUAUGGCAAGAUUGUAUAUGUGUGCUUCUUUGUAGGCCAUCGAAGUGUUGAAGAAUAUCUCUUACCUUACAUUGAACAAGCUUUAACAGAUCAAACAGAGGCUGUUAUUGUGAAUGCAUUAGAUUGCCUAACUACUCUGUGCAAACGCGGUUUCUUGCGGAAGCGUGUACUGCUUGGAAUGAUCGAGCGUGCCUUCCCAUUGCUAUGUUAUCCCAGCCAAUGGGUCAGAAGAUCUGUUGUAAACUUCAUUGCAGCCAGCAGUGAGAAUUUAGGUGCUGUAGAUUCAUAUGUUUUCCUUGCCCCAGUUAUUCGUCCUUUCUUGCGUAGGCAACCAGCUUCUCUAGCUUCUGGGAAGUCUCUCUUUUCAUGUUUGAAGCCUCCUGUAUCUCGACAGCUAUUUUAUCAAAUCUUGGAAAAUGCCAGGAGUUCAGACAUGUUGGAAAGACAAAGGAAAAUUUGGUAUAACUCAUCUGCUCAAUCAAAACCAGGCAAGGAUUCCGAGAUGUUUAAGCAGCAGGAUGGAGAGAUAAAUUCGACAGGAAGUUGGGCGCACAAAAAACUGAAUCAAGAUGAUAAGAAAAUCGCUCUGAACGGCCUGUAUGAGGCAGAAAUUGGUGAGGUGAGGCUGAGACAUUCGGGCAGUACCAACAGUUCUUCUGUGCUUGACAUUCCCCAUCAUGUAUGCUCAGAGAAGCUGCAAUCCUCCAGCUAUUUGUCAGCACAUGUUAGCGGUGUCAAUAGUCUGAUUCAUGAUAAGUCAUCUCAGGAUUUUCCUGUGUAUUGCUUCGGCAUGGACAGGAGAAAGGUCAAACUUCCUUCUGCAGCCUCUGAUUCAUCGUUGCGAGUUAGUGCCUCGGAAAUCAAUUCAUCAUACAUGCCGUGGAUGGAUCCGUUGAACAAAUCUUUGAACUUGGCCAGUUCUGUUCAUGCAUCAAAGCUGUUAUCCAGUUCAUUCAGUAUUAGUGGGGGUUCCAAACAGUUCUAUAGAGUAGUGCAUGAACCUGAAAGUAGGGAAAGUGAUCAGACAGCCUAUGUCAGUGGUAAAUUUCGGGAUGCUGGAUUAUCUAGCUCAACUAAAGGGAGUUCUUUUGUAGCCGAUGAUACUGCUGCUCAAAGUGAUAUCACAGGAUUGCCAUCUUUUGUGCGGCCUACAUCAAUCCCUGAUUCUGGUUGGAAACCUCGUGGUGUGUUGGUAGCACACCUGCAGGAACACCAUUCUGCUGUCAACGACCUUGCAAUUUCAAAUGAUCAUAGUCUUUUUGUGAGUGCAUCUGAUGAUUCAACUGUCAAGGUUUGGGAUACAAGAAAGUUGGAAAAGGACAUUUCAUUCAGAUCAAGGUUAAGUUACCACCUUGAGGGAAGCCGAGCUCUUUCUGCUGUAAUGCUUCGGAACUCUGCUAAAGUCGUUGUUGGAGCAUGUGAUGGAAUGCUUCAUGUAUUUUCUGUGGAUCACAUAUCCAGAGGUCUGGGCAAUGUUGUUGAGAAGUACUCAGGUAUUGCUGAUAUAAAAAAGAAGGACACCCAGGAAGGUGCCAUUCUUAGCCUUUUAAACUACACUGAUAACAGUGAUGGUCAGAUGGUUAUGUACAGCACUAGGAAUUAUGGCAUCCACCUGUGGGAUGUUAGAGGGAAUUCAAAUGCGUGGUCUCUAAAAGCAGGUCCAGAGGAAGGCUACGUGUCUUCUCUGGUAACUGGGCCUUGUGGGAAUUGGUUUGUGUCAGGAUCUUCUAGGGGUGUCCUUACUCUUUGGGAUCUAAGGUUCCUUGUUCCUGUUAACUCAUGGCAUUAUUCUCUCGCUUGCCCUGUGGAGAAGAUGAGCCUUUUUAUACCUUCUCCAAACGUGUCUGUGUCUUCUACAGCACGGCCACUCAUUUAUGUUGCCGCUGGUUGCAAUGAAGUUUCUCUUUGGAAUGCUGAGAAUGGGAGUUGUCACCAGGUAUUUAGAAUGGCAAAUUACGAGGGUGAUCCUGAAACUUCUGAUGUACCGUCAGCAUUAACCAGGCCUUCGAAUAAGGCAAUUUCUAAAUCAGACAGGCGUAAUAUCAAUCCGAAAUAUCGGGUUGAUGAGCUGAAUGAACCUCCUCCUCGCCUUCCCGGCAUCCGGGCGAUGCUUCCUUUACCUGGUGGUGAUUUGCUGACUGGGAGUACUGAUUUGAGGAUACGUAGAUGGGAUCAUUGCAGCCCAGAGAAAAGUUAUUGCAUAUCUGGACCAAAUUUAAAUGGAACUGGUAAUGAGAAUUUAUUCGAGGAGAGGUCAUGUUCCGGGGUGCAAGUUGUCCAGGAAAUUAGAAGACGACCUUCAACAGUAAAGUUGACUACAAAGGCUGUUCUAGCAGCAGCUGCUACAGACUCUGCCGGCUGCCAUAGGGAUUCUGUCUUGGCUUUGGCCUCAGUAAAGUUGAACCAAAGACUUCUGAUCUCAAGUAGUAGAGAUGGAGCUAUAAAGGUUUGGAAGUAAAUAAAUAAGGCUUGCAAGUGACAUGUUGUACAUAUAGAGUUGGUGAUAGUUCAAAAAUGUACAUAAAGUAGUGUCCUAUGAAUUGGCCCUCUCUGGGAAGAAAUUGUCUCCGAGUUCUGGUAUAAUUUGAAACGAUAUGCCUUCUUUAUUUGUACGAAAUUGGAACUAGCAUAAAUAUAAUAACUUAACCUAUUGGUUAUCUGCAUUCUGGCGUAGGCUUGUGGCC